CUGAAACAAGUUUAUUUUCACAGAAUGCAAUUAUACAUAUCCUAAUAAUUUUUGUGAAUACCUUACUUGGUAUGGUAGCCUACUCCUGCUUUAUGGAUAUGGAUAAAACUGUAAGUUCUGUGUGAUAAAAAAGUAGUUUCCAGAAAAUAUCUUAGUUACUCUUUUAUAAAAUGAAUGCUCUAAAAUAAAUUUGGAGAGAAAAGAGUCUUCUUAAGUCUCUUGAUAGAGUUCAUUAUUGGUUACAUUAUUAAAGGGAUAAACAACAAAUGCUGAACCAAAUAUGUGGUAGUUAAUAUUUAAGUUAAGCUUAUCACAAUGUAAGAAAACAAGCCAAAAUCAAACUUACCAUGAGUUUUUUGAUUUUUGUUUUUUCGAAAGUUAGGUCUAUUGCAGUAAUUUUCUCCACAGCUCAAAUUCAAGGAAAAUAGAAAAACAAAAACUGUAGUUAGAUUAUCUUUGAAAUGCCAGUAUUGUUCAAAUGGGAAGCAAUAAUGUCAUUAUUUAUAAGGAAUUCUGACAGAUUAAAGUAGAGCUGACUAUAUAAAAGUGAAAAAUAUAAGUGAAAAUACUAAUUUUAUCUCUCAAGUAAGACCACAGACGUCUAUCAAACUGGCAAUAUCAAUUCAAUAUAGGAAGUAUAGUUGCUAUAAGGAAUAAUGCUGACAUUUUGAGGUGAAUAUUACUGGAUUUAUUUCCUGGGUGUAACCACAGGAGUGUAUUUCCGGGUUCAAGUCAGUAAACUAUGAUUUUAAAAAUAGUCAGUGAUAGAGGCGUAGUGUAGUUGGUUUUAUUUGAGAGUUUUUGAAAUAUCUCUGGUUUUAUUGGUUCUCAAAGAAUGAUGAUCGUCAACUAUUGUGUAUUACUGAGCAUCUUGCUUCUACCAGAGAAAAUUUUGGGGGCUUCAAAGGAACCAUUAAAAUGCUUUUCGUGUGACUCAGCCCAGUCAGCUGAUUGCGCUCAAAAUGACAAAAGCAAGCUGAAACAAUUUGAGACAGUUUGCGAUGCUGAGGCGUUUUUUUCGCUGCAUAAUUCUCUCAACCGCACCAAAACAGAACCUUUUCAACUUCCGUUUGGAUUCAUGAGCCUCGACAAAGCUUGCAUGAAAAUCGAUUACACAGGUGUGGACGGCAAGAAGAAAGAGGUGAUGAGACACUGUUCAUUGAAGUUUGACAAAUGCCAAGAAGCAAUCAAGAAUGACAUGAAAAACGUCUCCAAGUAUUCAUGCAAGCAGUGUACAGGAAGCCUGUGUAACAGUUCUCCCUCUCACUUUAUCAAUUCAUCUUCCUUUCUCAUGAUUGUCAUUUCAACAAUCACAUUGUCCCGUAUUCUAUAAGUUGUAAAAAUAACUCAAUUAAAUCUGUAACAAUAACAAAAAUAUUUUUUCCAAGUUGUAACGUUGUAACAAGAACAUAAAUUAUUUCUAAAUUUCGAUUUCAACAAUCCCCUUGACUUAUAUUCUCCAAGUUGUAACAAUAAUUCAAUUAUAAUUGUAUCAAUAACAUAAAUUAUUUUUUCUAAGUUGUAACAAGAACAUAAAUUAUUUCUGAAUUUCGACUUUAAUUGAUGAGGUGUAUUUUCUAUUCCUAUUUCCAAUUCUUUAUUGAUUCAUACUAUAAGUUCAUCAUAAAAAUGAUAGGGAAAGAAAAAAUAAGGUAACCUUGUGCUAUUCCUCUUCAAAUUCAGAUAAGGUUACACAUAGUCCGAAAUAGGUUAAGUCUUGUAGUUUUUCACUUCACAAGAUUUUCAUUCCCUUAAUUAUUUUCACAAGGUAGAUUUUUCAAUAUUUAGAUGCUUCAAAACCAAACAUGGAAAAAUAUCUCACACUAUUAUCACUAAAAUAGGAAAUAUUACAUAUUAAAGAAAUAGAUUUGCAGGACCAAAAACAAACUUAAUAUUCUAAAAGCAUAAACUUAGCUACUUGAUAUUUCUAAGUUAUAACAUAAAUUAUUCCUGAAUAUCGAUUGAUUGGGUUUUACUUUAUUUCUAUUAGGUAUUCCAAGUUGUAAAAAUAACAUGAAUUAUUUCUGAAUUCCAAUUGGGUGUAGGCCUAUAUUAUAUUCCUCCCGUAACUUAUUCAAUGUUCAUUUUUUUCAAAUUACAUCAAUUGAUCAAUAAUACUUCAAAUUAUUUGUUGUUUCUCUCCUAACUGGUCCAAUACUCACAUGCUCAUAAACGUCUAUAUAGGUUACAUCAAUAAUACUAAAAAUUAUUACUGAGUUUUAAUAAUUUUUAAUUGAUAUUUUUUUAUUUCUCCCAUGGUCAUCCUAUUUUCUUAUCAUGUAAUUCACUUACUAUAGAAGGAUGUUCAAUUUUAUCCUUUGAUUUUCAAUCUUCAACAAUUCUUGUAAGCUACAUCAAUAUAUACUACUACAAUAAAUGAUACCUAGUUUUGAAACUUUUUUAAUUGUUAUUCUUGGUUUCUCUCGUAGAUCUAUUGGACAGAAUUCAUUCGAUGUUCAUAUUAAUAUGUACUGUAUUUAAUUUUCUGUAAUUAUGGAGUAGAUUACUAAAGGAAUAAAUCUAUUGCUAUG